AUGAAGUUCCUUCAUCAUAUUCCUUUCCUAGGGAAUCUCGCUCCCCGGAAACGUGUGCUUCUCGGGCUUCGACUCAUGGCGUUCAUGGUGUUUACGAUUCUCAACUUGGUGUUGUUGGUAGGACUGGUGAAAAACUGUUUGAAUAUUUACAUCCAUAAACUCCAGUUUUCCCAUUUAAACGUCGCUAGAGGGUUAUAUAAUGCUUUGGCUGACAAUGUCAACUCAGAAAGAAAUUCAGACGACCCUUAUGGUCCAGGUUUCACCACUUCAGAAAUCCAAAUCUUGGUCGAUUACACUUCAGGGGAAUUCGAUGAUAGCCCUCAGUUUCUCGUAUCUGCGAUCUGGAACUAUUGUUAUGGGACUUAUGACUCUCCAGAUUUCGAUGAUUUCUCCGAUAAUUUCCACAAUUUCCUUGAGUACAAUGACCCCGGUGCUGAAUACCAAAGUCCAACGGUAUUGAGUUGCAGCAGUCCUCUACAAUAUUAUUUCAAUUACCGGGCAUUAUUGGGGCAAAUUGGUUUUACCAUCAUUUUAGAAUACGCCUAUGACGGAGAUUAUUCUUCAAACGCUGAGUAUCUGGCCCUUAUGCAAUCUGUUCACAGGUCCAUGAAGAUAUUGCCAAACAUUUUAAUUUUUGCCGGGGUGGCCCAAGUGUUCAUCUUGUUGAUUUCGGUAAUCCUUUAUCACAUUUUGCUAAACAAUAAUCAAAACCGUAAUAAUUUGGCGAUCCUUUUGCAACAUAUCAAUGCGGCAUUAUCGCUGGCGAUUUUCGUGGCGGUGACAGUGGCGGUGAUUAAUUUGACGAUAAUUUCCUUUAAUUUGAAAAGCCAUGUCAGUGAUGAAUUGGGAGAUUUCGGGAUAUCCUUACACCUUGGAAGAGUGUUCUUCACUACUCUCUGGGUGUUGUUUGCCACAUCGUUCGUCAAUUUCUGCCUUUGGGGAGGGGUGGCCUGGUGUACCGUUCCUGAUGUCGAGUUAGACCACGAAGAGAAAUUCUAUAGAACCAACCAUAGAAAGUCUUUACAGACUUUAUCAGCAUUAACUGGUGGAUGGAUAGAAUUCCCACAAUCAGCUGGUAAUACCCCAGCUACCAAAUAUGACGAAGAGCUCAAGAAAAAUGUGACAUUUAUGACAAGAACUAAUACUGGGAUGUCGUCUGCUUUUUACGGACCUUCAACCACCACCAGAAGCUCAUCGAAAAAAUACUUGAUUUCCCCAUUUACCAAAGGUCUGUUCCAAACAAAUAAUACCACAGGUUCUGGCAAUCUUGGCAAUAUUGACACGGCAUACUACAGUAAUUAUCAAUCGCAAAGUAAUGAUGGUGGCCAGAGCGAAGAAUCUUACCAGAACCCAUUCAUGCCGACUGGCCAUGACUCUAAUGGACUCAAAGUUUUCAAAUCCAAUUCAGACUUGGUCAGUAUGGUCAGUGAAAAUGACACGUACGCUAACAAUAUUGAUUAUAACCAAAUUCUAGAAUCUACCAAUGGCAUGAGCUAUUCCGGGUUUGGUUUAAGAAAAAAUGGGACUAUAAAAAACAAUCUAACUCAAGGUAGCAAUGACGCUUCAGAUAUUGAACAGCAAUUUUUCACAGUUCAGCAAUAUGGGUAUAGCGAAUCCCCUAAAUAA